AUGGAAAACAGAGGUGGUUGUGGUUGUGAAAUACCAUGGAUUUCUCUGAAGAUGGUGGUGCAUGGAGAUUACGAUCGUGCUGAUAGUGGUGUUAUUGCUGGUGGAUUUGGCGGUGGUCGUGGUGUUGAUUGUGGGGUUUGUUGGAAUUUGAAUGUGUCACAAUCUGGUUAUGAUGAAAUCGAUCUAGAGAAAGCAACUCCAGAGCAGAAAAAAUAUUACAAAGAGAAGGUGAGAAAGGAUGCUAAAGCAUUGACUGUCAUACAAGAAGGUGUAGACGAUACAAUUUUUCCAAAGCUUUCUUUAUGCACAAGAGCAAAAGAGGCAUGGAAUCUUUUCAAAGAAAAAUUCGAAGGUACAGAUAAAACAAUUAUGACUGUUAAUGCAAUGAGAGCUUAUGGUGAAGAAAUAUCUGACCAGAAAAUCGUGGAAAAGGUAUUACGUUCUCUUCCUCACAAAUAUGAUCAUGUUUUUGCUGCUAUUGAAGAAUCAAAAGAUUUAUCGAAAUAUACUUUUAAUGAUCUUAUGGGUUCUCUUCAAGCACAUGAACAAAGAUUAAACAGGUUGGAGAAUGAAGAGUUUGAAGAGAAAGCACUUUGGGAAAAGAAAGGUGGAAACCAGUCUUGUUCAAUUUAUAAGAGAAAUAAUCAUUCUACUGAAGAAUGUUACUUCAAAGACAAUAAGAAAAAAGCAUUACAGUGUUACAACUGCAAGAGAUUUGGUCAUACUGAAAAAUAUUGUCGUAGCAAGCCAAGGGAGGAGCAUGCACAAUUCUGUGUGGAUACAAAAUAUGAUGAGUUAGUUUUGUUGUAG